CCGGAGGCGGCGGGGCCCGGGGCGAUGUUCGUGCAAGAGGAGAAGAUCUUCGCGGGGAAGGUGCUGAGGCUCCAUGUGUGCACCAUGGAGGGUGCGGAGUGGCUGGAGGAGGUCCCCGAGGACACUACGGUGGAGAAGCUGAAGGAGCGAUGCCUGAAGCACUGUGUACCUGGGAGCUUGGAGGAUCCAAAAACUGUGACACAUCAUAAGUUGAUCCAUGCUACUUCUGAGAAGGUGCUGACAGACACAAAAACAGUGUUGGAGGAAAACAUUCAAGACAGAGAUGUCUUGCUCUUGAUCAAGAAGCGUGCGCCACCUCCGCUCCCCAAAAUGGCAGAUGUGUCAGCAGAGGAGAAAAGGAAACAAGAGCAGAAAGCUCCUGAUAAGGAUGCCAUCCUCAAAGCAACUGCAAACCUGCCCUCUCGCAACGUGGAUCGCACUGUGGCCCAUCACAACAUGAGGGAUUUUCCUUUCUUGCAGUUCCAGACGGAGCUCCGGAAGAUCUUAGUGUCUCUCAUAGAAGUUGCACAGAAAUUGCUAGCGCUGAACCCAGAUGCAGUUGAACUAUUUAAGAAGGCAAAUGCCAUGCUGGAUGAGGAUGAGGAAGACAGAGUGGAUGAGAUAGCUCUGCGACAGCUUACAGAAAUGGGGUUUCCAGAAAGCAGAGCUGUCAAAGCCCUUCGAUUAAAUCACAUGUCAGUGACGCAAGCCAUGGAGUGGUUGAUAGAACACGCAGAUGACCCUGCAGUGGAUGCUCCACUUCCAGGUCAGGCUCCAUCAGAAGCCACAGAUGAAGCUGGUGCAUCUUCUGCUGAAGCAACUGCAGGGCCUAGUGCAGAGGCAGGUGGGGAAGAGGCCAAGGAUGAGCUGACAGAAAUAUUCAAGAAGAUCCGGAGGAAAAGAGAGUUUCGACCAGACCCACGAGCUGUCAUUGCCCUGAUGGAGAUGGGAUUUGAUGAAAAAGAAGUGGUAGAUGCACUCAGAGUAAACAACAACCAGCAAAACGCGGCCUGUGAAUGGCUGCUGGGAGACAGAAAGCCUUCUCCAGAGGACUUAGAUAAGGGCAUUGACACCAACAGCCCUCUCUUCCAAGCCAUCUUAGAAAACCCAGUGGUACAGUUAGGGUUAACCAACCCUAAAACUCUACUAGCCUUUGAAGAUAUGCUUGAAAACCCCUUGAACAGCACUCAGUGGAUGAAUGAUCCAGAAACUGGGCCUGUCAUGCUCCAGAUCUCUCGAAUCUUCCAGACGCUGAACCGCACGUAGAGGGCGAUGCCAGUCCACUGUGCCACUUCCUGCUGUCCCUCA